UCCAUUUGAUAGAUAGAAAAGAUAGCAUGGCUUGUGCCAUGGCCCCGAGUUGGGUGUGGCGAGGAAAAGAGAGAAAGAUACAAUGCAGGGCAGUGGCACAAGAGCAGCAGAGAAAGGAGGAGAAAAAUCCCAAGCUGGUGACUUUCAUUGGGAAAGGAGGAACUGGCAAGACAACUUGUAGCGUCUUGGCUGCUCAGUUCUACGCCAGCAUUGGCCUUCGGACGUGUUUAGUGAUCCAGUCCCAGGAUGUUACUGCUGAUUUUCUUCUGGGUCAUCAGCUCAAGCACCAGCCUACGAAAAUUCUUGAGAAUGGAUCUCUCACAGCACUUCGACUCGAGACUACCAAGAUUUUAGCACAGCCUUUGGAGCAAGUCAAGAAAGCGGACGGUCGAAUAAGUUUCAGCCAAGGAGCUCUUCAGACGGAGGUUGCUGGUGAGGAGCUGAGCGUGUUGCCGGGCAUGGAUUCGAUCAUGGCUUUGUUCGUUCUGGACCAGCUGUGUGGCUUUGCUCGCCGGUUUUUUCCAAAACGCUCGAAAGUUUUCAAGCCCGAGUACGACGUUGUCGUCUACGACGGCCCAAACAGCGAUGAGACUCUAAGAAUGUUUGGAUGUGCUGAAAGACUAAGGUGGUACAUGAAUCGGUUUAGAAGCAUUGCCGAGAAGACUGAUAUUGGAAGAGUCGUACUUCCUUCCAUUUUGAGACUCGCCGAAGCUUCACUGCUCGAAGAUUUGUCGACUGAAAGAUCAACUUCGGAGCUUUGGGAGCUAGCAAACACUGUUCUCCACGGAGUUGAGCAGAACUUUGCCAAUCCCAACACAUUCUCCAGCUACAUUGUGACCGAUCCAAGGAGCAAACUGACAGAAAAAACGGCUCUCCGCUACUGGGGUUGUGCUGUGCAAGCCGGAGUUCACGUUGCCGGAGUCGUCCACCACCAGAACUCCAGAGCUCAAACUUGGAAAGAAGGUUUCUCUUCUCUGGCCGUGGCUUCCAUUCCAGAACUAACCUUCGGUGAGAGUCCACCCAGCUGGGAACAAAUUCUUUCGAGCCUCGACAAACAAACUUGCGAAGUAUUGCGGGGAGAUGGCUCCUCGGUUUCAAACCCGCCAGUUUCGCUAGAUCACUCGUCUGGGACAGUCACUUGUUUCUUGCCAGGAUUUGACAAAGCCGACGUCAAGCUCUCCCAACUGAAACGAUCGGAGCUGCUGCUGGAUGCCGGAGAUCAGAAGAGAGUGAUCAAGCUCCCGCCGCAAAUGCACGGCAAAGUUAAGGGAGCGAAGUUCCAAGACAAGAGUCUGAUCAUCCAAAUGACCGCCUAAAGAACAAUGGAAGCGUUUUGCCAGUC